AGAAGGGGAGGGGAAGGUGGCUUUAAAGAGGGAGACUCGUGUAGGCUUAACUGAAGCGAUGCGUGGAACAAAGCUGACACAAAAUGGCCACAACAACAACAACCAAAACACACAUCUUCUUCUUCUUCUUCUUCCUCUUCUUAUAACAACAAUACAUAUAUACAUUCUUAAUCUCUUCUGAUUCUAAAAUAAAAAAACCCUAAUUUUUUGACACGCUUUCUCUAAUUACUCCUUCCCAUAAACAGUAUAGAGUAGUACAGAUCAAAACAUGGCGGAGACGACGAAGGUGAUGUAUAUAGUGGUGGUCGACGGUACGGAUACGGAGACGGCGGUGGAAGAAGAUGAGAGCGGGACUUGGAAAGAUUCGUUUAGGUAUACGCGUCCUGUUUUACAGAGUACUCUUCAGCUCAUGGGUUGCAAAGCCCGUCACGCCUUCAAGAUCAGUCGAAGGGUAUUUGAGUUAAUAAGAAGUGAGGGAUCUUUAAUCCUUUCACCUUCCCAUGGGAAAUGCUCUGUUUUUGACAAGACAAGUGAUGAUGUUGCUACUUCAGCAGUUAACAGUUUGGCUACUGAUGAUGAUGAUAAGAGUAAAAGUAAGCCUUUUGAGAUGUAUAAAAGGCGAACUACCGUUGUUGUCUCGAGGGAGAUAUUCGUUAACGUUGUCUGUGAUGCUCUGGCUGAAUAUAAGUAUGUUGGUCAUGACCAAAGGGCAGACUUGAUUCUGGCCUGCAGAAUCAGAGAGAGGAAAGAAUCUGUGACUGUUCUGCUGUGCGGCACCAGUGGCUGUGGCAAAUCCACACUCUCUGCACUUCUGGGAAGUAGACUUGGAAUUACAACAGUAGUCUCAACCGACUCAAUCCGUCACAUGAUGAGGAGUUUUGUUGAUGAAAAGCAGAAUCCUUUGCUGUGGGCUUCAACUUACCAUGCUGGAGAGUACCUUGACCCUGUGGCAGUUGCCGAGUCAAAAGCCAAAAAAAGAAGAGCCAAGAAAUUGGACGACACUGAGGACGAAAAAGUGAAUGCCUCUGAAGGUGUAAAGGCUAAUAAUAAUACUCAACAGACUGAUGCUGUAUCAAAAUCAACCACCCCAGUGUUGUUAAGUCCCAAACAAAUGGCUGUAGAAGGAUUUAAGGCUCAAAGUGAAAUGGUUAUUGACAAUCUCGAUAGGCUCAUUACCGCAUGGGAAGAAAGGAAAGAGUCUGUUGUUGUUGAAGGUGUCCACUUAAGCCUUAACUUUGUGAUGGGACUGAUGAAAAAGCAUCCUUCGAUAGUUCCAUUCAUGGUUUACAUCGCAAACGAGGAGAAACACUUGGAAAGAUUUGCAGUUAGAGCCAAGUAUAUGACGCUUGACCCAGAGAAAAACAAGUAUGUGAAAUAUAUACGUAACAUUAGAACAAUACAGGACUACCUCUGUAAACGAGCUGACAAGCAUCUCGUUCCCAAGAUAAACAAUACCAAUGUCGACAAGAGUGUGGCUGCGAUCCACGCAACAGUGUUUAGUUGCCUGCGUAGAAGAGAAGCAGGAGAGCAGCUCUAUGAUGCUACAACUAAUACUGUCUCAGUGAUCGACGAUGAGUAUAGGAACCAGUGUACAGCCAAUUCAUUGAGUUCCAAAGGAAUGUUUCAGCUGAUUCAAAGAAAAGGAUCUUCUAGGCAUCUAAUGGCUCUUCUCAACACUGAUGGCACUUUUGCAAGAACUUGGCCGGUUAGUGGUAAGGUUGAUGAGAGCGGGAAGCCAAUCUUUUGUAAUCAGAUGAUGGAGGAAAAUGGAAUGGAGCACCCGGUUUAUGGAUACUUACAGAAAGCAGAACCGGUGAAUCUUCAGUUUGGUCUGUUUGGGAUCAGUGCUUGGCCUAGUGAUGGAGCUACGAGCCGUGCCGGGAGUGUAGAUGACUCUAGAGCUGACGUAGCUGAAACUAGCAGUCGGUAUUACUCUUCUUGCUGCAGUUCGCCUAGGAUGUCUGAAGGAACUUCUAAAGAGCUUAAGGAGGAUCAGUCUGUGAAUGGGAGCGAUGAAGAAAUCGAGGAUGAUCCUCCCGAGCCAGAUACUGAUUUUAGCGAUGACGAUAACGAUAACAAGCGAGACCAUGAAGAGGUGGGAUCAGUUGAUGAGCAGUCGACAAAAUCAGAUGAGGAGUACGAUGAUCUUGCAAUGGAAGACAAAAGCUACUGGACAGAUGAAGAGGAAGAGUCACGAGAUACGGUUGCGGUAAUGUCUGAAAAAAACCACAAGCCGGCAACAAAAGACGACAAGUACAUACAAAACUUAGACCUUUUCCUGCGGACUGCGAACCAGCAGCUGGUCGAGAGACUCUGGUCGGGUAAAGAAAAGAUGAGGAAACGUUCUCUAAGCAUCUCGGCCCUUGGAAAACAUGGGUCGGGUUUGGGUGAUCCGAUUCUCAUGGGUGCCCCAUGAGAUCCUUUACUUUGCUUUGCUUACUAGUACAUUCCUUAGUUUGUUAUUUCUGGUUUAGUCUUUAGUUUUAAGUCUUUUUAUGUGUGACCAGACAAGUACUGUGUGUGACUGUGUGUAUAGUCUUAACUUGCACAAAUUUAUAUAGUGCGUUUUUCUUCUAU